AUGGUCAGAGGUGGGCCUUUGGAGCAGGGGGAGUUGCUCCUGGGGCUCUUUGGGGAGUCAGGCCCGCUGGGCCGAGCAGCCUGGACUGCCCCCACCGUGCGCAGUGGCUGGAUCCAGGGCCUGCGCUCCCUGGCCCAGCACCCCAGCGCCCUGCACUUCCUGGCGGGCUGUGGUGCCCUGGGCACCAUCUUUUCCCUGCAGGGAGAUGCCAGCCUGUUUGUGGCCUCGGCGGCCGGGCAGCUCCUGGCACACAUCCUGGUUCUGUCGAUGCGAGGCCAAGCUGAGGGACACCCCAACCCGCAGGCUCCUGACUGGCCGGCCUGUGCCCAGCAGAUCGUGGGCCACGUGGAAGAGGCCCUGCACUCCGCCGCCACCCCUCAGGUCACGCAGGCCCUGAACGUCCUGAGCACCAUGUUCGGGCACUGCCACGGCCCUUGGACACAAGUCCUUUGGGUGCGGCUGAGUCCCCUCGUGGCCUGUCUGCUCAAGAAAGACCCCGUCCCCGCCGCACACUCGCUGGUGGACCUCCUCCUCAGCGCGGCCCGUUCUCCCGCGCUGAGUUCCGACUGUAGCCUAUGGGAGACCUUGGCCCAGACCCUGAGCCUUCUGAGCUGCACACAAGCAGGGCCUCUGGCUUUGGGGGUCCUGAAACUGCAGGACUGGUGAGGACUGGGGCCGCUGUGUGCGGGGGCAACGGAGAGGUGUCGCGCGAGGCGUCCGUGGCCGGGGAAGUCUAGAGAGCUCCCUAAGCCAGGACAGGCGGAGGCGCCACCCGGGGUUGUCGCUGAGCACUGGUGUAGGCUGUGGCUUCCGCUCUCUUUAGCGACAGGAAAGCCAUUUCCAACAAGAGCGUUAGAAGCUGCACAUAAGACAGACUCUUGGAGCUUGUCUGCCUAGAGU